CUGCCCGGGCGUGAGGAGCCCCGGGGCCCGCGCGCCCCAGGAGGCGCCGCCACCGCAGCCGCUGCCGUCGCUGCUGCUGGGACUCGUGCUGCUAGCGGUCCUUCCCGAGCACGGCCGGGCCGACCCGGGAACAGACAAUCUACAGCUAGGAGUCACCCCGGCCCCAGAGUCAUUUCCUCAUGGGAAGCUGUUACCAAUUUCACCAACAUGGCCUUUCUCAGAAGUCAAGUCUUAUUCGGCAGCAGACAGAAUCAAGAGUGUACUGGGACAGUCUCUUGACAACACAAGCUUGUUGCAGUUGGCCCGGACACCUCUGCCCAAGAUGCACCACAAGACCAGAGCUCAGGGGGACUUCUCUUCUUCCCUUUAUCAAGGAAGUGGACAUAGUGCCUCUCUGGAACCAUCCAAGGACUCCACCGAGGCCCUGGUCCAACCAAGGCCUCAAGGGGAAGGAGAAGCGGCGGAUAUGUCAGCUCCAGAGAAUUCCAGAGGGCCUGUGGUUUCAGCAGAACACACAUCUUCCUCUUGGGUGCCUUCUCCUCUGCCUUUCACCGCACCAGGCCAAGGGCAAGCCAUCCCUUCUGGGGCGGUUCCCGCAUCACCACUGAACAGGACGGGCGACCUUCCCUCCUCUGUCCUCCAGCCCACAGAGAAUCAGGCCUCUCCAACCCCCGUGCCAGAAAUGCCCCUUCUUCAAAGAGAAAAUAAAGAUAUGCCCCCUUUUCCUGCAGCUACACACCUCCUCCCCUUGAGCAAAUUUCAUCUUCCCACGAAGAUCUUUCCCCUGCAAAAGGAGGGUAGUGGGACAGCUGUUUUAAGGAAAAAUGAAAAGGCAAAUGUGACAGUUCCUCUCCAGGCCUUUACAAGUAAACAAGUUUCGAGUCUUCACACUGUAAAUGGAUUCACUUCUGAUUUUAGCACUGGUCCUGUUUCUUCUCCCAUCAUUACAACACCAGAAACAAACUUCCUCUUAUCAGGAUCACCUCUGCCUUCCAUGCCUGCCAUUCAAACCACCCUGUUGGGUUCCCCAUCUCCUGCCUUUUCCAGCACCAAACCAGAGUCUUUCACAGCUGCUGUGGGCCACUUGGAGUUGCCAGCUUCACCUUCCAAGCAGGUGACACCAUUUCCCUCUUCCUCUGAUGUCUCUGAUUUCUCAACAAUGGGAGACAUGAACAAGCCAACAACCACAGAUGUUUUCUGGAGUUCUCUUUCAGCAAAAACUGGACCCCUUUCCACACAAUCAACAAUAUCUGGCUUGCAGCAGCAAACAAAUUAUGAUUUAAAUGGUCACAGAAUUAACUCCACAAGUUGGGAAACUCAUUCAGCUUCAACUCUUCUUCCCAGUGGUUUAACUUCAGCUACCAGUGCAAUAAAAUCCCAGGAUUUCAAAGAUACUGUUGGGCAGUCAGUGCCUGCAGAAGGCUUUAACAUUCAGGAUCUCAUUCUAGACCCAGCCACCCACCACCCUGUACGACAGUCAGGUGUGACCGUGGUUGGGAACCAUACAGACCUCUGGCCCACAAGCCAUAAUAGCUAUUCCAGAAUUUUCCAAACAGAGAAGGUUGAACAUUACCCAUCCACAAGUCAACAGCCGAUGUCACAUCCCCAUUUACGGCUGCCUGCCCAGCCAACCCAUCCUCUUUGGCUAACCUGGCUCAGGCUGUCUUCUAUGGUUAGUUUGCAAGAAAUGCUUUCAGAUGGAACAGAUACAGGUCCCCAAGUUUCCAGGGACAUCUAUCUUUCACAUGGGAUAAAUGCUUCCACACCCUUCAAGAGCAUCCUGGGAUAUCAUUCAGCUGCUGAAUCUCCUCCUAUAUCAACCAGUGCCUUUCCCAGGACCCCCUCAAGAGUGCUGCAAGCUUCUCAGCGCCCCAAGAAACGGACAGGUGCAGCCACUAAUGCAGAUAGUUUGUUUCCUGGUACCCCCAAAACAGUGGACUCCUCACUGUCAUUCAAGAUAGAACCGACUGCAGCAGCCUCUGCCACAUUGCUUCUGAGGAAAUCGAGUCCACCGGCACUGUCUGCAGCCCUGGUUGCCAAGGGCACCAGCAGCAGUGGCUUAGCCAAAAGCAGUGUGACCACUGCUAUGGCUAGGAACGUCACCAACAAGGCAACAGCUGACCCAAAGGUGACUGCAGGGCCAAUCCAUACUGCCUUCCCAUUCACGCCAACCUACAUGUUUGCCAGAACAGCACACACCAUGAGCGCACACGCGGCCAUGCAAGGGAGCACAGGCACUGCCUCUGGCCCGUUGUCCACGACGCACCUCCCCAGGAAACCACAAGCCAUGCACACUGGUCUCCCAAACCCCACCAAGCCAGAGCUGCCCAGAGCAUCCACCCCUCGCCCGCUGACGAUCACGGCAGCACUGACGUCCAUUACAGCGUCUGUGAGGGCCACCCGAUUGCCCCCUCUGCAGGCAGAAAACACCGAUGCUGUUCUUCCUGCUGCAUCGACCGCAGUGGUCACAACUGGCAAAAUGGCAUCCAACCUGGAGUGUCAGAUGUCCAGUAAGCUCCUGGUGAAGACAGUCCUCUUUCUGACUCAAAGGAGAAUGCAGAGCAGUGAAUCCUUGAAGCUCAGUGUAGCCAGAGGGCUCACCCAGGCCCUUCGGAAGGCUUUCCACCAGCCCGAUGUGACAGCUCACGUGGACAUUCUGGAACAUUCUCAUAAUGUCUCAGUUGGUUAUUAUGCUACCAAAGGGAGGCUGGUGUACUUGCCUGCUGUUGUGAUGGAAAUGCUGGGGGUUUACGGAGUCAGCAAUGUCACUGCAGAUCUGAAGCAACACACCCCAAACCUACAGUCUGUGGCAGUCCUUGCCUCUCCAUGGAAGCCCCAACCUGCAGGCUACUUCCAGCUGAAAACAGUGCUACAGUUUGUGAGCCAAUCAGACAACAUACAGUCCUGUAAGUUUGCUCAGACAAUGGAGCAGAGGCUGCAGAAGGCGUUUCAGGAUGCAGAGAGAAAAAUUCUCAAUACCAGAAGCAACCUGAAAAUUCAGAUCGUGAGCACAUCCAACGCCUCCCAGACCGUCACCUUGGUGUAUGUUGUGAGCAAUCAGAGCACAUUCCUCAAUGGCACUGUGGCCAGCAGCCUCCUGAGCCAGCUCUCUGCCGAGCUGGUGGGAUUCUACCUCACCUACCCACCGCUCACCAUUGCUGAACCACUGGAAUAUCCCAAUCUUGAUAUAUCAGAAACAACCAGAGACUAUUGGGUAAUUACAGUGCUGCAGGGUGUGGACAACUCCCUUGUGGGCCUGCACAACCAGAGCUUUGCCCGAGUCAUGGAGCAGCGCCUCGCCCAGCUGUUCAUGAUGUCCCAGCAACAAGGCCGGCGGUUUAAACGGGCCACCACCCUGGGAAGCUACACUGUGCAGAUGGUAAGGAUGCAGCGUGUGCCGGGACCCAAGGACCCAGCGGAGCUGACUUACUACACCCUGUACAAUGGGAAGCCAUUGCUGGGGACUGCGGCAGCCAAGAUCCUGAGCACCAUUGACUCCCAAAGAAUGGCCCUGACCCUGCACCAUGUUGUCCUUCUACAAGCUGACCCCGUGGUGAAGAACCCACCCAACAAUCUGUGGAUCAUUGCCGCGGUCCUGGCGCCCAUCGCUGUGGUCACGGUCAUCAUCAUCAUCAUCACUGCCGUGCUCUGCAGGAAGAACAAGAACGACUUCAAGCCAGACACAAUGAUAAACCUGCCUCAGAGAGCAAAGCCUGUGCAAGGCUUUGACUAUGCCAAGCAGCACCUGGGCCAGCAAGGGGCAGAUGAGGAAGUCAUCCCUGUGACUCAGGAGACCGUGGUCCUUCCCCUGCCAGUUAGAGAUGCUCCUCAGGAGAGGGAUGUCGCUCAGGAUGGGAGCACCAUCAAGACGGCCAAGUCCACUGAAACCAGAAAGAGCAGGUCGCCCAGUGAGAGUGGCUCUGUCAUCAGCAACGAAUCAGGGAAGCCCAGCUCAGGGAGACGCUCACCCCAGAACGUAAUGGCACAGCAGAAAGUGACAAAGGAGGAGGCAAGGAAGAUAAAUGUCCCAGGCAGUGACGAAGAGGAGGGAGCCGUUCUGUUUGACAGCUCUGGCAAGGCGACAGCAGAUCCCUUUGACACAUCUUCUGGGUCUGUACAGCUCAUCGCAAUCAAACCCACAGCCCUGCCCGUGGUGCAGCCCACCUCGGACAGGAGCCAGGACUCCUCAGCGGUGCUCAACGGUGAGGUAAACAAAGCCCUGAAACAGAAGUCAGAUAUUGAACACUAUCGGAACAAGCUGCGCCUCAAAGCCAAGAGGAAGGGAUAUUACGACUUCCCCCCAGUGGAGACAAACAAGGGCCUGACCGAAAGAAAAAAGAUGUAUGAAAAAGCCCAGAAGGAAAUGGAGCACGUUUUGGACCCAGACACAGAACUAUGUGCUCCAUUCACCGAGUCUAAAAACAGGCAACAGAUGAAGAACUCUGUCUACCGAAGCCGGCAGUCUCUGAACAGCCCCAGUCCAGGAGAAACUGAGAUGGACCUUCUGGUCACUCGGGAGCGACCCCGGCGUGGAAUCCGGAACAGUGGAUACGACACCGAGCCUGAAAUCAUAGAGGAAACCAACGUGGAUCGAGUUCACGAUCCCCGGGGCUACACCAGGUCCCGGCCAGUGAAAGGCCACUCUGAGACCUCCACACUGAGCUCGCAGCCGUCCAUCGACGAGGUGAGGCAGCAGAUGCACAUGCUGCUCGAGGAGGCCUUCAGCCUGGCGUCCGCCGGCCAUGCUGGCCAGAGCCGCCACCAGGAGGCCUAUGGCUCCACACAGCACCUGCCCUACUCCGAGGUGGUGACCAGUGCCCCAGGGACCAUGACGAGGCCCAGGGCGGGUGUGCAGUGGGUGCCAACCUACCGCCCAGAAAUGUACCAGUACAGUCUGCCCCGGCCGGCCUACAGGUUUUCCCAGCUUCCUGAAAUGGUCAUGGGCUCUCCGCCUCCGCCUGUACCUCCCCGGACUGGGCCAGUGGCUGUUGCUUCUCUCAGACGAUCCACCUCAGACAUUGGCAGCAAGACCCGAAUGGCCGAGUCCGUGGGCCCUGAGCCAGCCCCACUGCAUGAGAGUGCCUCGUUCGCCCAGGUUUCCAGAGGCCCCGUGUCCGUGGCGCAGCUGGAUCAGUCAGCUUUAAAUUACUCAGGUAACACGGUGCCAGCGGUGUUCGCCAUCCCAGCUGCCAACAGACCUGGCUUCACUGGCUACUUCAUCCCGACGCCUCCCUCGUCCUACAGGAACCAGGCCUGGAUGUCCUACACGGGAGAGAAUGAGCUCCCGAGCCAGUGGGCUGAUUCGGUGCCCCUGCCCGGGUACAUCGAGGCCUACCCUAGGUCACGGUAUCAGCAGAGCUCGCCCUCCAGGCUCCCGCGCCAGUACAGCCAGCCAGCCAACCUGCACCCCAGCCUGGAGCAGGCCCCCAUGCCCUCUGCGGCGGUGUCACAGCAGAGCCUGGCGGAAAAUGACCCGUCCGACGCUCCUCUGACCAACAUCUCCACUGCAGCCCUCGUGAAAGCCAUCCGAGAGGAGGUGGCCAAGCUGGCCAAGAAGCAGACGGACAUGUUUGAGUUCCAAGUCUAACGCUUCAGCCCCAUGGGGCUCUGCACUUCCUGAGUCCAAGGAAUCAAGCUUUGAGGUCCUCACACCUAUUGUGUGUGGACCUGAGACACUGACAACGGGUGAGUCUUCUUCACCUUCAGUUUCCGAAAAGAUGAACAGUGGUGCUUCUGGGAAACAGAGGAAACUCAUGAGCCACUGGAAUCUUGGCUCAUACACCUGAUCGUGGCUCACAGGUCCUGCUUGGGACCAUGUGUUUCAGAUUCUGCUAUGUUGAAUGACCGGCGGGUAUUUUUUUUCCCAAGAAGCCUUAGUCAAGAGAGGCACUCACUAAUCUACAGAUUCUUGUCCAAUGCCACAUUUGAAUAAAUCACCAGGAAGGGGAGAAUAUAGCUCUAUCUUUGGUGACCUCUGCAUGUUAACUCUCUUCUGUGUUAAAGGCAAUGCAGGAGUGUGGAUUACGCCCCAGAUUGUCUUCUCUCUCAUUCAGCUGUGACUGUGAUUGCUAAAAUCAUCUCUAUAAAGCAGACACUGAGUCCAGCCAAGAAACUUGAGUCUCUUUGCUUUUAAAGGUUCAUAUUCAAAGUCAAAUGAAUUGGAUGUACCAAUGGCUGCACCUAUAAAUAGUCCUGACUGCCCCACACACACACACACACACAGUUGAUUAAAGGCCGGGAGAGAUGAGCAAGAAUGGUGGGUUUGUGUCGACCAGCUUUUUAAAAGCUGUUGUCACUUGGAAAUAGAGUACUCUGAGAGUUGGGAUUAAAAUGAAAGAGAAUCGGUGCUAAGAGCUUUUAGGAUCCUACAAAAGAAAAAUAGGUAUUUGUAGAGGUUUUUCUUUGCCUGCAUUGAAGCUGGCCUGAGAACAGAGCUUCUCUCUUAGAGCUAAAAGAUACAUUGACUUUUACAAGAAAAUCUCUGUCUCUUCAACACCGAUGUACAGCCUGUUCUGCCAAGGGGUGUAAGAGAAAAUCAUCAUUGAUUCCUGUUAGAAAUGGGACCAAUGGAUCUCGGUUAUUCCGGGCUGCAGCCUCAGUUUAUAGAAGCUUCUGAAUGUAGAAAAUCUGUUGAUUUGAAUUUAAAUGUAAAUAACCUCUUUUUAAAAUGUAUGGAGUUUGCCAAGUCUCCAUAGUUUAUGGACAUUUGUCAAAAUGGCAAGGCUGCUACCCUGUGACCGUGAUGCUCCAGGUCACCCUUCUUGGCAUAGAGAAUUGGCCUCCAGAGUUCCGAGUGGAGGACAUUGCCCCACAGGACUGGGCCACCAGCCACUGACUUCCAUGAAUGCAAGCAAAACGGCUCCUGACUUUGGGUAGCAUGUAUGGUGUUGGGGGCUUAUUUGGUGUCUGUUGGAGAGCGAGGUCCUGUCCUGCCUUCACCCAUGACCCAUCUAGCUUCAGCAGUUCCCAUUCCCUUCUGAGUCCAUCUGUCCAUUGUCCUCAUGAGUUUCUUUGGUCUUUACCAGAAAGAAGAAAGUGGAAAUUUAAAAGUUGAGAGAAGAGUAGGAAUGGAACUGAUUAGAAUGGGAGAUUCAAACUGUCAAAGCACAGACUUUUCCAAGAAGCUGUUUUUAUUUCCCAGUGGCCAAUUGCCCUUUCUGGAAUGUUCAGAGAUAACGUAUCGUGGACUCCUCAAACAAGUCCCUUGUUCAGAUGAUAUUAGGUAGUCUCCUUUUAGUAUGCUGGUUGAUCUUUCAUAGUAUUAGUUUUUGUUACUUAAAAAGAAAUCAGCUAUAAAUAAAAUGUAUUUUUGUAAUUUCCAUGUGUAUAUAUGGUAUAUUUCUACCAAUGGCCAGUUGUUGUAGUCCAAAACCUAAAUCAGCUUGCAGAACACUGUGGACGGUGCAAGAUUUUAUCGACAGAUUAACACAAUGCCUAGGUCUAUCCAAAUCGGCAUUCGAUGCACUUGAAUGAACAAAGAGCCAAAGAAACUCAGCCUUUUCAUGCAAAUGGUAUGAGUCUGAUAAAGUCAGCUACAUUGUCCCACUUUAUAAAUGACACCAAUAUUUCAUCAGUGCAAUGAUAUCAACCCAGUACUUUGUCUAUUUGGUAAAUGUCUGGAAAUACUGUAUGUGAAAGUGAAGUUUCAAGACCUUAGUGUCAUUGAAAGAUAUGUACAUGUUUCAAAAGACAGUGUCUGAGCUUUGAAUGUUCCGGUGAUUGCAGGUCAUGAAUCUGGAGUUUGCCCUGGUAUGGUUCCAGAUUGCUAAGACAGUGGAGCUACAAAUCACUGCAGCCUUCACAGAACACUAUGAAAUAUUUAGUCCCUUGAGAAAAAUAAGAUAUAGCAUGCUAAAUCAGACAGUCUCUUAAACUAGACACCGCAGGUUCAAGAAAAGUAAGUGAGAGGAAAUAAUACGUGUAUGAAGAAAAAUCUGUUCCUGUUUUCCCAACAAAGGGGAGAGAGCCAUCAUUUUUCAAUUUUCUGGGACUAAGAUGUGGUCCCUUCUCUGAUGUCUCCUGACCUCAUGGAGCUGACAGAUACCAGGAUAAGUGGAAAGGCAGAUGGUAAAAGGUGCUUCAUGGAAGUGAAAAUAGGGUUCCAUAAGAACCCUAAGGAGACAGCAGUGAACUCAGUGUUUAUCAUGAUCCUCCAGACAGUCACAGAAGCCAUAAAGAAUAUCGGUCACCAUGGAGGAGGAAGCAGAAGUCCAGAGAAAUGGAGUGACCAACCCAAGGAUCAAGCCCAUCCCUGCUGAUUCAUGAUCCAGUCUGCUCUCCAUUUACCAUGCUGCCUGCAUGCUUGUUGGUGACACAUUUCUUUAACUGUCCCUGAAAGUUUACAAAAUAGACAAAGGUCCUGUGAGGGACUUCAUAAUGCUCUUGCUGAGAAAAAACGAUGAUUGAGUAAGGAACUUUGGAUAUAGUGUAUAGAGGACAAUACUUUUGUGGCUUAAUAAAUGGUUUUUUCAGCACUGGUUUUGAUAUGAGUUUUCUGCAUUCAUGAAAAAGAAAUGCAGUCUGGCUUUUUCCAGAGAGGACAUCAAGGAAAUGGUAUCCUCAGAUGCUGUUCAAACUGUGGGUGUGACUUCCCCUCUCUCAGUACCCUAGAUCCAACAGGCAGGCAGGGAUGUACUGACAGCUUGUCACUGAAAGGUAGCAGUGCCGUUUUUCACCCUGGGGGAGGAAGCAGGCAGUACAGGGAGACAGAGGUCUGUGGUGUGACCUGGUACCAAUGAUCUGAGGCUCAUGUAAUAACAAGAUGGCAAAUGUUACCUGUGGAACAGGAAGUUGCCUCCUAAAGGGUGGAUUGUAUAAGAAUCGCUUCUCCAGUCCUAAAGAAGUUAUAUUGUGCAUUUGUUAUUUUAAGAACCCAGCAAAAGGGCAUGUAAUUUCUGAAUGAUCUUCAUGGAAGAAAGGAAAUUGUUAGAUGUGUGAUUUAAAAAAAAAAAACUUUCUGAGAGAGUAUUUAGAAUGGAAAGGGAGAGGCAUUUAAAUACCUAACAAAAAUAAAUGCUUUUCUAGCAUUAGGCAGAAAUUGGAGAAAUAAAUCAAAAAAUGUAAAUAUUGGUUACAUAUAAAUGUGUUACUAUAUAACACACAAGUGCUCGAAGUUUAAUGAAUAAAAUAACAGAUACUAUUUUUAAAGUUUGAGAACAGGAUUUGAACUUUAAAUUUCUCCUACCACAUACCAGAAAAAAAUGUGGACUUCACUUUCAAAAUACAGUGAAAGACUCUUAGGGAAUAAUAAAAAUUAAACAUGGAGUAGUGACUGACUGGGGUCUAAGUGUUAGAAGUUAAAUUCUGCUCUUUUGUCCAACCCCAAAGACAUUCCAGACAAGGAACUGUGAGGGGGAGGAAGUUUUCCACACUCGCUCAAGUGAAGGAGUUGACUGAAAGAAUACAGGGACAUUUUAUAGAAAUAACACACAACUUCCCAACAGGCAACGGAUGAGGGGAGCUGCCUUGCACCUUUGCUGUGGCUCUCUCUUGUGCUCUCUUUCAUCUGUUUCUCUCUGCAUAUCUGCUCAGAUAUCUUGCUGCCCUUGGCCAACACACUUUCUCAUUAGUGCAAAUGUAGCUGACAAACCCAGUCCAGGACCCACUCCACACAACCUUUCCUCCUCAGCGCCCAGCACUCUGCCUAGCAUCUCUGUGCUGCCAUAGGCAAAUUGCUAAGAAUCUGAUUGGUCCAGCUCAUCUACCUCUGGAUGAGCCAUUGGGGUCAGGUGCCUAUCCAAGCAGAUGUAACCAAGGAGGCAAAGAAGGGUCAUACAAGUGUGGGUCCCUGGAUUGACCUUUUCAGCAGGAACUUCUGUUAGGGGCUGGUACCCAGAGGAAGGAGUGAGACUGGGUAGGACCUUCGAAAGGAACCUGCUACAGACUGGAUUUGACCAGUACUCCUAGGGUGCCACCCAGCAGCCAGUACUAGAGGGCAACACCUAUGGAUAGUGCCACAGAGAGGAAAGGGUAUCCCUCACUUGUGCAGCAAGUGGGAAUGCAUGCACUUGAACCUCCAAGAUUGGCCAGAACUUCCCCGCCACUUCCCACCCCAACACCAGUUAUCUGAUACUGCUACUGGGCCUACCAAGGGAUUUCUAAGCAGGGCCCAGUUAGCAGAAUGUCCUGCUCAGCAGACAAUAAAUACUUGUAAAUUGAACUGCAUGAUCUUAGCUCAGGUGCUAUUAAUGUGGCUCACAACCACACACUUGCAUGGAUGAGAAAACCAAUGAACCUCUCAAUAGAGUCUUUUGAAACAAAAUUGGUUUCAAGUGAAACUGAUAUUAUACUAGCUCUGACCUUCUGGAUAUAAGAAGUUAGUAUCUGAAAAUUGAAAAGUCUCUUGAUUUCUUAGGUGAACUGUUAACAGAUUGCUAGCUGGUGGUAAAAGCUAAGAUGUAGGGAGUUUCUGAAAAGUAAUAUUUAGGAAGUAUAAUUGUGUCAGAAACAAAUUCUCUUAGAAGAUAUUGAGUUGCUUUGAUUCUGCAGGUUACACAAAUAAAAUAUUUUGAUAAGGCAGGAAUCUGUCUCUAAAGGUCAAACCCAUACUUUAUUGAGAGCCAUUAUAUAAUGAAAUCUAGAAAUUGAUUAUUUUCAUUCUCUGACCCUGGUCAGGCUUUUGUAAAUUAUAGAAGGAGGCCAUAAAUGUAUUUUACAUAAAUUAACUGUGGCCUCACCUUCCCCUUGUCCCUUAUGUCUAAACUCACCUUUUCCCACAUACAAAUAUAAUGGAGAAAAAAUUGUACUAAACAGAAUCAGAGAAAUGUCUGUGGACUGGCAAUUUUGAACAGGUGUAAAUAUUCUAGCCCUUGAGCAACUCAUUUAAAACUAGUCUCUAAUUCCUCACCUGGUGAAUGGGUAUACCACCUGUACUUCCUAGUUCCCCUGGUGGUUGGGAGGAGCACAUAGCAUAAUAUAUCUGAAAAUGGCUUGAGAAGUACAUUUGAAAGAAUUCUUACUAAAUUGUUGCUUUUGCAAUUCAGUUUUAUCUAGCAAAGUGUUCUAGCUCCACCCACCCACUGGAGUAAAUUAUAUUAUCUUGUGUUCCCUGACAACUUCUUGUCAAGGACAAAUAAAUUCCUAAGUUUGGAAUUGCCCACAAAAGCCAGCCCCACAUGGGAGUUGCUGUUAUUGUUGUUGUCAUCUGUGAUUUGGGGGAUAUGUAACUACUUGUACCUGUGCUUUCACUCUGGGUGAAAAACCCAGAUCAGUGAUUCUUUCAAACCACAUUAAACACAUCAGGCAAAGUACUGAGCAGAAGCUUUGAAUGUAGCUGUUGUUAUUUUAAUGCUUUGCUUUCUAAUUAACUUUGUACAUCCUUUGCCUCUGCCGGGAACAGUGUUCAUAUGCUGUUAGAAUUUUUUAUUGUAAAAUAAAAUGACAAAGGCUUUCAUA